AACGCGCCGAAGCGCGCUCAAACAGCGUUGGCAAGAUGUCUACCGAGGGUAUUAGUGCGCCAGGUAGCAGUGUCUACGACUCCAGCACCAUGUUUGUCGGAGACGGAACAUGGGACUCAACCAAGAAUACAUUUCUCCUACCCAAUCUACAGGGCCUCAACUUCGCAACAAUGCAGCUGAACAGUGAGAUUAUCCAAACUCGCUUAGUCUCGAAGUUUGUCUAACUUCCUGUCCCUAGGCAUGUCCAACCGCUUCUCCGAACUCCCUCAAUACCACCGCCUGAUCAUCGGUCAUGGAGUGCUGGCUGCGCUAGUCUUUCUACUGCUGGUCCCUUCAGCUAUCUUCACCGCUCGGUUCUACUACCGCAACCCUCGCCUGGCUCUUCGACUCCAUAUCUAUCUCCAGAUACUGACAGUCGCCUUGGUCACUGUUGUCUUCAUUCUUGGCUGGUUCGCCGUAGGUCCAGAGCGAAGCUUGUCAAAUCCACACCACGGUAUCGGAGUCGCUCUGUACACACUGGUCCUCGUCCAAUUCUUUGGUGGAGCCUUGAUUCAUCGGAUUGAGAAGGGUAAGUCGCGAUGGAAAAUCCCUCUCAAGCUGAUGCUGCAUCAGUGGCUUGGCCGAGCAAUUGCUCUACUGGGCAUAGCGCAGAUCCCCCUCGGCAUGACUCUCUAUGGAUCUCCCAAGUACCUCUUUGUUCUUUAUGCUGUGGCCGUAUCCGCCCUCAUCCUCUUGUACUUCGUUUUGUGCUACAUCUACCAACCGACGGCGGAUUACGAUGACUACUCCAGCUACACUUCAGGUCCGACCAGAACCGAGAUCACUGACGACCGACGCACUGGACGUACUAGAAGGUCUGUCAGCACUGGCAGCAACACUAGUCACCAUGGCUUGAGGAAUACCGCUUUCUUUGGGGCAGGGCUGGCUGGAUUGGCAGCCCUUCGUCAUCGUUCACAGAGUAGGAACGCGCAGAAGAUUGAAAGAGCCAAGACCCCUUCGCACAGGUCCUACCCUUCUGCCUCUUAUGUGGAAGAGGAAAAGGUGAUCGAGAAUCACACCAACACGAACACUUGGAGAAACAGAUUACUGGGCGCUGGCGCUGGACUUGGCGCAUAUCAAGGCUUGAAGAGCGCGUUCUCGCGCAAACGAGGACAUGAUGAAGAGAGCUAUGUCAGCUCCUCCUACGCUCCGACCAUUGGCGGAACUCAACCUGUCAGCCGAGCCGAGAUCACCCGAGUACGAGACGGAGAAGCACCUUUGUCACCUGAACCUCAGCGAGCUACCAGGACCGAUCGAACCAGUGCGUUACCGGUAGCUGCCCCUCUGGUACAGCCACUUCGUUCACGGACAAGUCGCGAUUCGUUCUCUUCAUACGACAGUCGAAGCUCGUUUGAGGAUGAGAUCGCCUCUCGGCCAACCAAGUCUUCUAAGCCCGGUGUCCUCGCUGGAAUGGGAGCCCUCGGUCUCUUUGGCUAUUUCAAAGAGAAGCGUAAGCAAAGUCAGAUCAAGAAGGAUGAUGCCAGAAUCGGGGAGAUGCGUCAGCAAGAACGACAGAACGCUGAACGAAUCAACCGUGCCAAUAGCCGACGCCAUACAGACCGCUCGAGGCACAGAAGAGUGAGCAUCGCGGAAACCGAAGCUACCCAAGAUCAUGGUUUCGCAGGCAGCAAUCCAGAACUCGCCAGACACCAUCCACCUGCUGGCAAUAUGCCGCCUUUGCCCGCUUCUGCAGCAACUCUGCCUACCAUCAAUCAGUACAGUGCGACUCAAUUGCCAAACAAUGAAGGGUCUACGUCUUUGGCACCACCGAUCAUGGGGCCUGCUUAUCCGACUCAGCCUGGUCUUGUGUCGAUGCCUGAAGGAGCUAUCAUGCCUGACGCCGCACGUCUCGCGAGAUCAAACCACACAUCCAGGACUCACCUUCCAGCUAUGGUACCGGACGCAGGACUCGCACCAGUCAAUACUGCUCAUCCGCUCAGUCGGCCCGAUCAUCGCGAGGCGUCAGAACGUGGCCACAUCGCUACUUCGCAGAUCAAGGGUACUCACGGCCCGACGACUGUUGCUUCACCACCUGUCAGCCUCAAGGUCAAGAUGAACCCUGAUGGACACUCUGUCACACUCCGGCGCUUGAACGAAGACGAGGCCGCAGCGGAGCGAGAAGCAAGGAGACGGGAGAGACGUCAGAGAAGGAGAAGGGCUGAGAGCCUGAGCUCUGGAGUCGAGGAUGAAAGCGUCAGGUACAGACGUACUCAAGGCACCACACAACCUCUGAGCAAUGUUACCAGACCAACAAUCUCAUCGCGCCCAGAUGAGCUGAAUCUGCCGCCCAUGCAGGGCCCCCCACCUGUUCCUGCACAUAAUAUGGGGAUGAGUCCUGUUAACAUGGCCCCCAGCGGCUUGAACAGCGGGAUUGGCAGUCCUGUAACGAACGAUACAGGUACGGGAACAGAGCUCAGUGCCUUCGACACAAACAGAAGGAGAAGAAGAGCAGAGAGAGCCUCUCAACGAAGCGCCAACCAAGGCGCACGUGUAGAGUUCUCCUAAUCACGACAUGACCAUACUCAAGAUCAAGUAAGUUUUGAUCCAUAAAUCUAUGGCUCCCAUCAAACUGCAUUUGCAACCAUGGCGUUCCGAGUAGAAGUUGCUUGAAUGGUGUUGGCUGGAGUCCUAGCGAUGUAUCAAAGAAGUCCUGUAGUUACAGGGGCAUGUAGUGAAUCUCAAGAAUGUUGCCGAA